UUAUGUUAACAUGAAGUUGCAAGAGAUAUUGUUGGUAUAUGGAGUCUGAAAAUGGGGUUCCAGUAGAGGUGGAAAAGAUUGUUGUGGCUGAGGAAGAAAAUGUGGAUUUAAAGAACAUUAAUGAGAAGGCGGAUGAGACGCCAAAUUCAUCUGUAGCCAAAGAUGAAUUGUCUGUUGAGGAUGUUCCGAAAAGUAAAGCAUCGAAUCAACAUAAGGUAUCAGUUGGUGGUACUAAAAAGAACAACAAAAUGGCUAAGGAUCAAGCAAAUUCAACAGGCACGUCUGCAUUGACUCGUUCGAAAAAGGGAAGUAUGGCGAAAAGUCUUUCAUUCCCUACAAGAGGUGCCAAUGCAGACAUGACAAGGAAGAGCAUCGAUGCUUGUACAAAGAAAUCGGAUUUUAAACCUUGGAUACCAAAUGGGGUGACACAUGAGGUUUCACAUUCGAAUGGAACAGUCUCGUCAGCUUCUCGUUUAAAUCCGGCUACUAAGAGUACAUCUGCUGGAGUUGUGAAGAGUUCAAGUCCAAAUGGAAGUGCUACAACAAGCAGAAGGACAACUACAGGAUCUAUCCCAAACCUUCGUCAAUCGCUGUCUGGGAAGUCUUCUUCAGCCGGUAAAAUUGCCAAGAAAGCUACUUCUGAAGGAUUAACCGAUGAAAAGAUAACACCUACUAAAGCUACAUCACCUCUUAAAGACGAUGAUGAUGCUCGUUCUGCUACUUCCUCCAAUGCAACUCGUACCAGUGCUGGAUUUUCCUUCAGAUUGGAAGAACGUGCUGAAAAGCGAAAGGAGUUCUUGGCAAAGGUGGAAGAGAGGAUACAGGCCCGAGAAGAGGAAAAGAGUAACUUGCUAGCAAAAUCUAAGGAAAACCAAGAGGCAGAGGUAAAGCAGUUUAGGAAGAGCUUGACAUUUAAAGCUGCACCGAUGCCUUGCUUCUACAAGGAGCCCCCUCCUAAAGUUGAACUGAAGAAGAUACCAACAACACGCGCCAUAUCUCCUAAGCUUGGAAGAACUAAGAACUCCACAUCUAUGACUAAUAGCUCCGAAAGUGGAGGGUCAUGUUUCAGUCCAAGAGUGAUCAAGGAACAACGUAAGUCACCCGUAGCCAAUAAUGAUAACGUUGCAUCAAAAGGGAAGCCAGUUAAGACUUCACAGACAACUGCUCAAUCUCCAAAAACCUCGAUCACUAAAACGAAACCUGCUGAAACAAAAUCAAGACUUGCUGAAGCAGCAAAGGUUUCAGAUGAGAAAACAGAACAAAACGAAAUCCAACCUGAGUCUGAAAUGAAUUGUGGAGAAGACAAUGUGGCACGUCCAUCAAAUCCAAUAGUCGUGCAAGCUGAAGUCAGCGUUGAAGGUUAAUUAUGAACUUACUGAAGUUGUCUUUUUUCUGUAUUUAUUUAUCUAUUUAUAGGCCUUUUUUUCGAUCUGUGAAAGCGUUUUUGUUGCUUCGUUGAGUUGUGAAUAUGUUGCUGUUAUGUUACAAGUUGUACAUGUUGGUUAUUCUCAGUUUCUUCAUUCUUUUCGAAUAUUUCAGUACCAUCGUGUAAUCAUUCUCGAAAAACUUCUUCAUUGUUCUUAAGUCAGAUUCAACAUUCUGUUUUUCUUCAAAUGUAUCAUUCUGAACUU